CCGUCACCAUGCCUUUCACUGCCUCCGAUAUCUGCAAGAUCAUCUUCGCCAUCAUCCUGCCUCCUCUGGGUGUCUUCCUGGAGCGCGGAUGUGGUGCUGACCUCCUGAUCAACAUCUGUCUGACCAUCCUGGGUUGGAUUCCUGGUAUUAUCCACGCCAUGUAUGUGAUCGGCCCUUGCGGUGAUCCCUUGUGCCGUCUGCUCCUCAAGAGAUCUCCACUCACUAACCCGCUUCCAGCUACAUUAUCUUCAAAUACUAGAAUCGCCAACCCGAUCGACCAACCGCCGCUUCUCCGCCUCCUCAGCCGAUCAUGCUCUGAAAGACUAUCCCGUGAUGCGACA